AUGGCACAAAUGUCUGCGUCUUUCGGGUCCAACCACCAUGGUCUCCAGGUGGGGUACAAUUAUGGGUCGAUCGAGUUCCCCCCGCCGGGUAAGAUUACCGUGGCACCGUGCAGAAGCCCGAUGGGAUGCCCCACUAAUGUUCAGAUCUCAGAAAGACGGGAAACGCCGCCGAUUCCCUUCGCGACCAUCCCCUUCUCCCGCGACCCCGAUUUCGUCAACCGUGGAGACAUUCUCGAUCAAAUCGACGAGCGCUGUUCCGAGCUGGCCGGCCGUGUGGCCCUCGUGGGCCUGGGCGGUGUCGGCAAAUCGCAGUUGGCCAUUGAAUAUGCGCACCGGAUCGCCGCGGGGCAUCUUGACAGAUGGGUAUUUUGGGUCCACGCCGGCACGCAGGCGCGUGUCGAAGAGGGUUUCAGAAAGAUUGCCGACGACGUCAAGCUACCAGGCCGAAACCAGCCCGGGGCCGACAUCCCACAGCUUGUCUACGGCUGGCUGUCCAACGAGCGGAACGGCAGAUGGAUCAUAAUCCUUGACAGCGCCGACGACCGCAAUGUAUUCUACAGUAGCGACAACGUAUGCAACAGGAAACCAUUUGCAGACUUCCUACCACAGAGUCGAAACGGGUCGAUCAUCAUCACAACACGCAAUAAGGACCUGGCUUCCAGGCUGACCGGACGCCGCCAAAACAUCAUCGAGGUCGGACCGAUGGUGCAGAUGGACGCCCUCACGCUCCUGGAGAGGAAGCUGGGAUCAAUCCUGAAUACCGAUGCGGCAGCCAAGCUUAUAUCUUUUGACCAUAUUCGGUCCGAGCGGCCUUCUGCGGCGGAUCUCCUUUCGCUUAUGAGCUUUUUUGAUCGACAAGGCAUUCCGGAGUCGCUCCUCAAGUCCUCUAAGCAGACCAAAACCGCAACUCGAGCAAGUGGUUCCGAAGAUGCAGAAGACUCGGGAUUCGACAGCAGCGAUGACGAGAUGGACGGUCGGUUCGAAGACGAUGUGGCAAUAUUACGGGACUACUAUCUUAUCGUCGUGAAUGAGGCGGGGGACCAGUUUGAGAUGCAUGGGCUCGUGCAGCUGUCGAUGAGGAAGUGGCUGGAAACGUUUCGGAAGCAGGAAACGUUCAAGCAGCAGUUUAUCGAGCAAAUGGCAGCGUCAUUCCCGACAGGGGAGUACGAGAAUUGGGUGAAGUGCUGGAGUCUCUUCGCGCACGUUCAAGUGGCCCUUGGUUACCAACCCAGCGAAGAGACAGUCGAAAUAUGGGCGACACUUUUGCAUAACGGGGGAUGGUAUGCAUGGUCGCAAGGGAGAUAUGAAGUUGCAGAGCAGAUGCUAGGCAAGGCGAGAAAUGUUCGCAAGAAAAAGUUGGGUGCAGAGAAUAUGGCGACUCUUGCGAGUAUAUCACUAUUUGCUCUGGUCCAAAUGGACCGCGGCCAGUGGGAGGAGGCCGAGAAGCUGUUUGUGCAGGUGAUGGAGACUCGCAAGACCAAGCUCGGGGCCGACCACCCUUCCACGCUGAUGAGCAUGGCCAACUUGGCAUCGACAUACAGGAACCAGGGCCGGUGGGAGGAGGCCGAGAAGCUGUUUGUGCAGGUGAUGGAGACGAGCAAGACCAAGCUCGGGGCCGACCACCCAGACACGCUGAUGAGCAUGGCCAACCUGGCAUCGACAUACAGGAACCAGGGCCGGUGGGAGGAGGCCGAGAAGCUGGACGUGCAGGUAAUGGAGACUCGCAAGACCAAGCUCGGGGCCGACCACCCAGACACGCUGACGAGCAUGAACAACUUGGCAUCGACAUACAGGAACCAGGGCCGGUGGGAGGAGGCCGAGAAGCUGUUUGUGCAGGUGAUGGAGACGAGCAAGACCAAGCUCGGGGCCGACCACCCAGACACGCUGACGAGCAUGAACAACCUUGCGUUUACUUGGAAAGGUCAAGGUCGACACACAGAUGCUUUGGCAUUGAUAGAGGACUGUGCUCAGGCUCAGCAGCGAAUCCUUGGCGCAGACCAUCCAUACACUCGGUCGUCCUUGGCCACUGUAGCCAAGUGGAGUAGCUAG